AGGCCAUAGCCACCUGUGCGCAGCCUGGCCGCCAAUAAAUUCAAGUUCACUUCAAAGUUUCGACUCUGCUCGUAGCAAGGAUUCCUAUUCAGCUGUUUGUAUAUAAACCCUAAUUCUCCUCGCUCUGUUUCUGUGCUUGGGACAAAGCUAGAAUGGCUUCUACUCUGAUCUCCCGCAGGCUUUCUUGUAAGCUCUUAACUCUCUCUCCUUCUUCCUCUGUUUACUCCCAGUUCAUCACUCAUGAAACCCAGAAUCCUGGAUUUAGAUUCUUCACUUACCACCACUCCAAUUCUUCUCCCCCACAACAUGAAGCUAAUCCUAUCUCCAUUUUUGAGGCCCAGGCGCUAAUUGAGCCAAAACCCUCAAAUCUGAGUCACCAUUUUGUUAGAUCGUAUUCAAGUUUUACUACCCAAACCAAAGAUCAUGAUUUUACUCUGUCAACAGUUGAAAAGUCCAGAUGUCUUUCAACUUUUACUAGAGAGAAAUCCCAAAUUCCUGAUUUGAAGCACAGAGAGAUGAUCUCAAGCAUUGAUACCCAGUUAACAAGUCAAAGACCCAGAUACUUUUCGAGCUCAGAUUCACCUUCUGAUUCUGAGAAAUCACAAAAUCAAAGUGAAUAUCCUAGCAAAAUCCCCAAUUUCAAGCAUCAGGAAAUAGAGGGGCCAACUGUGGAAAGAGACCUCUCAGCUUUGGCCAAUGAGACAAGAGAGGUUCUAGAAAGGAUGAUGAAGAACAUCUAUGCUCUGAGCAAAGCUGUGGCGUUUCUGGGAUUGAUUCAACUAGGUGUUGGAGCUUGGAUUUCUUACAUCACCAAAGCAACUACAAUACCAGAGGUUUCAAUACAAAGUUUUAUAGCUUUUGGAUUCCCUUUUACAAUGGCAUUUAUGUUGAGGCAAUCCUUGAAACCAAUGCACUUCUUUAAGAAGAUGGAGGAACAAGGUAGGUUGCAGAUUCUCACACUUGCCCUUCAAGUUGCAAAGAAUUUGAAUGUUUUCUUUGUGAGGCUUCGUAGUGUUUCUUUCUGGUGUAUUGCAGGUGUUUCAGUUGGAGUUUUGUUCAACUUAUUAUCAAAAUAAUUGUCUGCUUGAUUUGUUGAAGUGAUAGUGUUUUGAAUAAUCAUCAUAAUAUAAUCUUUGUUGAGUUUGCCUCAAA